AUGUCUCAUUCCAUGAAAAUAAAAUCUUGUUUGAGUGUGAAAAGUGUAAUGAAAUAAAUGUUGGACUGUCAGAAUCGAUUAAGUUUCUCCAAAACAGCAACUCACUUGAAUGUGCAGGAAUAUAUUGCCUUGUUAAGCGCGAAUUAGAAAAUAUCAGAGACAUCCGACGGAAGUAAAGAGUAAAGACUAAAAUAAACUGUUGUGUUUACUAUUCAAUAUACAGUGCAAUAAAGAACACUAGGAAACAAUGAUCCAAGAAGAGAUCGAAAGGAACUCAUCGCCGACGGGACUGAAAAUGUCUUCAAAGGCGUCGGCUUUCUCGAUAGCCGCAAUAAUCGGUGAGCAGCCGUUAAAAAGGGCGUCGGAUAAUGUGUCACCGUCGAUAAGCGACUCGGACUCGGAUUCUGUCCGAGAUACUGAUUCUGUCAGAGACGAAUGCAUUUCACCAAACGACUCGGGUGCCUUCUCCCCCGUUAGAACACCCAGUCCCGUCACGUGCCCUGAUUCCCUCGUCGGAGUUAAAUGUAAACUAGAGACCAGGGACUUGUGGGAGAAGUUCAGCGAAUUAGGGACAGAAAUGAUCAUCACAAAAACUGGCAGACGAAUGUUUCCAACAGUGCGAAUUUCAUUUUCGGGACUCGAACCGACAGCCCGCUAUGCCGUUUUGAUGGACAUAGUCCCUUUGGACAAGAAGCGGUACCGGUAUGCCUACCACAGGUCCUCCUGGCUGGUAGCCGGCAAGGCUGACCCUCCACCACCUCGUCGUUUGUGCAUGCACCCGGACGGGGCAUUUACUGGGGAACAACUCACGAAGCAGACUGUCUCAUUUGAAAAGUUGAAACUUACAAAUAAUACACAAGAUAAAAACGGACAGAUUGUCCUGAACUCAAUGCACAAAUACCAGCCUAGAAUCCACCUCGUUAAACUAAAUGAGGCGACGAAAGUCCCACCAUCAUCACUGGAAGAAGUUGAGCACAAAUCAUUCGUGUUUACAGAAACUAUAUUCAUUGCAGUGACAGCAUACCAGAAUCAGCUGAUCACCAAGUUGAAAAUUGACAGCAAUCCAUUCGCGAAGGGCUUUAGAGACUCAACACGGCUGUCUGAGUUUGAAAACUCCGGCAUUGAGGGGAUGUUGCAAUCACAUGGAUAUCCACGAACGCCUCUGAGAUCAUACGGUGACCCGGAAAUGGCAGAUCCACUCCGACUUUCCCCACAAGAAAGACAAAAAGUUUUAUCAGAGAGUCUAACGUGGAGAACAUUGCCAACGACGCUUCCGGUUCCGGUUUCAUCUACGAAUUACCCGUCAUUCCCAGCGUCCAUUCCUACGUCGCAUCCGGCAUUAUCGUCUGCAGAUGUCUCAAUGUUUUCAUCCAUGUAUGGCCAAAUGCUUGCAUCACAGUCUUUAUACAACCAUGAACUUUUGUUACGCAGUCAGCUACUAAAAGGAGCACUCGGAUCUCACGGACUUCAUCAUAAACCUGCUCUCCGAUAUCAUCCAUAUUUACCAAAUUCUGCGGAAAAGAUACGAGAUCAGUCAUAAACAUAUUUUUUUUUUCAUUAAAGUUUAUUGUUGAACAAUUUAUAUGCUUCUCUUAAAGAUUUUAUAUGUACCGGCAAUAUUAUUUCUAACCCUCCGAAACUGAAUAAAUGAAAGUUCAUAGUCAAUUUAUACAGACACUGAAGACUAUUAGGACGCCUAAUUUAAGUUUGGUUUCAAAAUUAUGGAUUAUUUAUUUCUGCACACAUCAAACACUACCAUGACAGCAGGACUGUUACAUGAAAUUGCAAAUGUAGAUUCAAGUACAGAAUCAUAUAAUUUCUCCAACUCAAAUAUUGUCAAAUUGAUUUCUCCUUUAGUGUUCAUUAAUAAAUUGACGAUUUGUAAUGUGAAAAGUUGGAAACUAUCUCGGCGGUUUUAUAAUAUUAUACAAAAAAAGUUUUGGUUUUAUAUUUUCUCCCUACAUGCUCAUAAACGAUAGAAUUACAGAGAUGAAAAAGAACAGGGCCUAUAUUCAUCAAAGUUUUAAAUCUGAAACAUAGACGUAAAAUUAUAAAUUUUCUUUUUGUUUUGUCAUUUUUAAGUAGCACAGACAGUGUUGAAACAUUGCCCGAAGCUUCAAACAGCUCGGCAAAAUUUCAUUUGUUUGAAUGUGAUAUAAACAAAGUUAUGGCAAAUUGAAUAUUUGCUGUUCUUAAAUAUAAAUUUUAGACUUCAAACGUUAAUGAAAAUGAGCCCUGCCUUCGGUUACAUUCAGUUACUAGAUUAUCUAUUUGUCGCCUUGCCUAAAAUCAGUAUAAAAAGUGCUCUUUUUUUGUAGUAGAAUUAUUUGAAAUUCAACUUCAAUGAAGCAUGCAAUAAACGCCGUCUGUUUCCAACCUUUCACGUUUUGACGGUUUUGUUGAAAGGUCAUGCGUUCUGGAGAAAUUUAAUCGUCUUAUCUAUGUUUUUUUUAUUCUAAGAUUGUAUAUUUGACAUGUAAACAUUAAAUUUUUCACGAUGGUGCUUCUACAUACCUUUUUUUUGUUAAUUUAUGUCAUGUUUAGCUAUUUAGGGACAUGCAUAGAAUAAAUGAUAUAUAAAAUCUA